AGCCUCAGGGACAGAGCGAGACUCUGUCUCAAAAAAAAAAAAAAAGUGACGUCUUUACACAAACAUAAAGGGGUUAUGUGUGCUGUCCUUUGAGAAGUUUGUUGAUGAAAGGAGAAAGGAAGUAGUAGCACCAGAGGAAAAGGUCAGGGGUUUACCCUGUUCUUACAGGAAAACAGCGCCUUGCUCUUUUCAGCUAGCUUUUCAAAGGAUAGGGAUAGGACAGCUCCCUGCCCUCUUUCGGAUAUAUGGAUCUAUAACCUCCAGAAAUUCAGGCUGAAGUAGUUGGAGGUCGGAGAGGAAUGAGACAACUGCCUGGGUGGGGUGGGCCAGCCAGACACUGCCAGGAUAGCCACAAGGAGACAUAACUUAGAGGAAAGAGCAGACAGCAACCACGUUGGACUCAGGCAGUCCUAGGUUUGAAUCCUGUCUGUAUCACCACCUAGCCUGAUGACCUUGGGCACAUCCUGAGCACCCUGUGCCUUAUCUGUAAAAUGGAAACAAUUAUGCUGACCUUUUAGGUUGGUUUUGAGGAUUAGAGACUAGCUCCUGACACACAGUAGGUAAUCGUAAAUGGGUGCUAUUAUUUGGCCCAACCCACAUUAUAGGACAGAACGUCUAAUGAACGGGUCAGAACCUGCGCCCUCCGGAUCUUGGAGGGUACAGAGGGCGCCCCUCGGCCUCCUCCCUUUCGGAGGUGGGGACAAGGUGGAGGAAGGGCUGCAGGAGGAGGAGCUCUAGCAUCGCGACCCGCCCCGUCCCGUCCAGUCUGGCCUGGGCGCUGCGGGAACGCUGUCCUAGCCGCUGCCACCCGAACAACCUGUCCUGGUGCCCCGGCUCCCUGCCCCGCGCCUAGUCAUGGCCCUGCGCCCCUCACUCCUCCCGCUCCAUCUGCUGCUGCUGCUGCUGCUGCUCAGUGCGGCGGUGUGCCAGGCUGAGGCUGGGUUCGAAACUGAAAGUCCCGUCCGGACCCUCCAAGUGGAGACCCUGGUGGAGCCCCUCGAACCAUGUGCCGAGCCAGCUGCUUUUGGAGACACGCUCCACAUACACUACACGGGAAGCUUGGUAGAUGGACGUAUUAUUGACACCUCCCUGACCAGAGACCCUCUGGUUAUAGAACUUGGCCAAAAGCAGGUGAUUCCAGGUCUGGAGCAGAGUCUUCUAGACAUGUGUGUGGGAGAGAAGCGAAGGGCAAUCAUUCCUUCUCACUUGGCCUAUGGAAAACGAGGAUUUCCACCAUCUGUCCCAGCGGAUGCAGUGGUGCAGUAUGACGUGGAGCUGAUUGCACUAAUCCGAGCCAACUACUGGCUAAAGCUGGUGAAGGGCAUUUUGCCUCUGGUAGGGAUGGCCAUUGUGCCAGCCCUCCUGGGCCUCAUUGGGUAUCACCUAUACAGAAAGGCCAACAGACCCAAAGUCUCCAAAAAGAAGCUCAAGGAAGAGAAACGAAACAAGAGCAAAAAGAAAUAAUAAAUAAUAAAUUCUAAAAAACUUC